AUGGGUCUCUCGGAAUAUCACCUUUACCAAAAGAUUGAAUCCAAAUGUCUCCCAAUAUGGAAAGUUAGCCAAUUCUUGGAGCACUUCACCAACCACGAGCUCAUCAAUAUCCCGCAAGACAAGAAUAAAACAGCAAUUAGUGGUCCACCUCGGAGUUCACAUUAUCCCUUGUUAAGAGCUUUAGUAUACCGGGUAUCAAACGGUAUCAUUCUCCCGGACAGCGACGAGAUCAACAAUCUCCUAGAAAAAAUAAACGAAUUCGGUGCUCGUAAUGCCCUCCAGAAAUUGCUUGCCGAAGACUCUCCUUCGAUAAUGGCCGCAUGUGAGUUUCUGGUCAUGGAGUUUUAUCGGCGAGCAGAUUAUGAAAUGCUCAAAUCGGUUAGAAAAUCACAUCCCGAAAUCGAGUUGGACUUAUACGACAUGCUUACCUCUGCUUUCGUGUAUUCUGAUCUUGACUGCUUGAAGAAUCAGGAUUAUAUUAUGCGAAUUUUGCAAGAUCUAAAAAUAGACGGCUCUCCACCAAGUGAUGCAUCCGAGGCUCUUGUUUUGCUCUAUAUGUGUCGGAAGGUAAUAAGUAGAGUAGAUGUAUUCCUAGAUUUGUGGAAUGCUGAAGAUAUAUCUGCUCAGGAAAUUGAUCAUGCAGGCGCUGAACUCGGCGCACUGGAAUAUAUGCCUUUAUGUACGGAUUGUCCGGUCCAAAUGAAGUUGUUGCUUGACUCUGGGUUUGCUGCUGGGCAGUCAAUAUUUCUCCUCCAGGCUAUCAUUCAAGCUAGACUCGAGGCGACCCUUAUUCUAUUUGACUAUUUAGAUCUAGAGGUAAAUGUAGAUCUGCCAAUUUCGCAAUCUGAGUGCUUGGCUUUUGGGAGUAUUUGGGAAGCAUUUGAUGUAUCAACAUUUUAUGGAAUCAUAGAAAAGGUCGUUUCGGAGGAGCGCUGGGAGGGUGUUCCCCCUAUACCACGCAUUUAUCGAGAGGAUUGGCUAUUGGUCAGGUUGGCGUGCCUUCAGCCUGAGAUGGAGGGCUAUGUCAUCCAAGUUCUGCAGCGAAAGUAUCCAACGAUGGGACCUAAUUUAUUCACAUCCGCCAUUGACCUAAUAUUCCUUACGCCUGAUUUCUCGAAUAUAUGGAAUUUUCUCGCCAGAUCCAAUCCUAAUGGGCAUUCUUUUUGGAAACAAGCAGUAUCAGCUUUGCAAACAUUUCUGAAGGCUGCGACAGAUAUAAGUGCAACGAAAUUAUGGCAGAAAACGAUCUGGGAAAUUUUGGUCAGGAAUACAGACGACAUACCGGCAAUAGAAAUCCUCGAGACUUUGCUGAAUGCUGGUGCUGAUCCGCAGAUUACCCUUGCGCCUAGCCUUGUCGAUAAUCUUAACAGUAUACUAAACUCGCCACUUCUACAAACAGAAUUAGGCGGUGGGCCAUUGGAAGUCGUGAAGCCGAUUGAUAUAGCAUUCCUUCUGCAGGAACCUUCCGCCUUUUGUCUCCUGUUAAACGCGCUGACAUCAAAUGAUAUCGAUCAAUUUAUCCAGAAGCUUACAUCGCUUCCGGAACACGAGCUGCUUAUCGCCGGGCCACAGUUUCUUGACGCCGCUCAAAAUCGAAACUAUAAUCUAGUCGAAAGUUUGUGGAACAAGCGUUUCGAAACUAUGGACCAAGCGUUCAUCUCGGCAUUCACCAAAGGCGAGAUCGAGAUCACCAAGGCUCUAGUAACACGAUAUACUGCUAGCUCCCGACACCUCCGCUUUGUUCUGGCUCUCAUAAAAACAAUUAUUGGCCGGAAGAAGAUUUCUAAAAUAUACGAGGAAGGUAUAAGCCUGCUUAACUGGAUGCUACAGGGAGGUACAAACUUCAACGCAAUUUCUGAAUUCCAGGAGGCGAGCACCCGCUAUAUCGAAGAGUACAAUAGUCUGCUAUUGGAAACCAUGAGGCAUGGAACAAUUGAAUUAUUUAGGGUUCUGCUAGGAUUUAUAUCAAGACAGGGGUCUCCCGGCUCGUUUCAUUCUUUUCCUGAACUACAAAAACAAGGAAUAAAUCCUGUACCUCAUGCGGCUAGAUUGGAAAAUCUCGAUUUCUUGAAGUGUUUAAUUGAACUCGGAUUUGAUAUCAAUCAAGGAGUUCAAAGAAAAAGCACCGUGGGUAGUAUAUCUCCGACAGAGACGGCCCUAGGCUCUGCCUUGAUGAGAGGAGAUCUCCGAGGCCUUACAUAUAUCCUAAAACAGGGGGCCGAUAUUUAUGCUCCUUGCGAGGGCUACGCUUCUGGGGUCGAAAACGCGGUGGCUUGGCGACGUAUUGACGCUGUAGCUUUGAUUUUAGCUACGGAUCCGGACUGCUACGAUUUAGCACUCGCAGCGUCUGUUUCUCUCGGGCACAAUCUUAUUGAGGACCACAUCCGUGGAGAAAGGGUUGCGAACGGAAGCAGUGGAUAG